AUGAUAAUUAAUAUUUGUUUCACCUCUUUUGUUGAGCACAAGAAUGUCAAAGAAGCUCUUGAGGAUGAAAGUUGGGUUAACGUUAUACAAGAAGAUCUUAGACAAUUUGUGAGGAAUAAUGUUUGGACUCUUGUUCCCGAGCCAGACUCGGUUAAUGUGAUCAGCACAAAAUGGAUAAUCGAGAAUAAGUCUGAUGAAAACGGCAAUGCCACCAGAAAUAAAGCUAGAUUAGUGGCUCAGAGGUACACCCAAAUAGAAGGUGUGAGUUUUGAUGAAACCUUCACUCCAAUUGCAACACUAGAAGCUAUUAGACUUAUGAUCGGAAUAUCUUGUCUUCUAAAAUUCAAACUGUAUCAAAUAGAUGUAAAGAAUGCUUUCCUGAAUGGAUAUUUGAAUGAGGAAGUUUACGUCGAAUAG